AUGGGCUACUACCUAGAGGACGGCGUCGAGGAGCGCAACGUGCUGGAGCGCAACCUGGCGGCCUACAUCCACCCCAUCAACACCGCCGGCAGCGGCGGCGGCCAGCAAGGCACCGAUCGAUGGGCGAGCCCCACGUUCUUCGACCCCUCGGAUGCGGGCGCGUCGGGGUUUUACGCGCUCAACGCCUACAACUCAUGGAUCGACAACGCCGCGUCAGGCGGGUUCGCGGGGUUCACGUUCCCCAAUGCGCCGCGCGCCAUUAAGGACCACAAGGAUAUCAAGAGGCCGGACGGGUUCCCCUUCAAUCCAUCACAGCGGCCGCUGAUCGCGUUCCGGGGCAACACGGCGCACAGCUCAGGGUACCAGUGGGAGCACGGCUCCUGUGUCUACUUUGGCGGCUUCCUGAUCUACAGAAACUCAGGCGGCACACCCACCCUCUUCUACAAUAACGGCCGCGGCUCUAUCCAAGCCGACUACCUGUGCCCGGACCCCAACUGGCCGGCGUCCGACGCGGCCAACGCGGGCAAAGACUGCUGGGUCGGGGCGGCGCGGUCCACCAUGUCGGAGGACGGCAGCCAGCCGGCGUUCCUGAAGCUGGAGGACACCGUAACGGCCCUCUGCAACGUCGGCGUCAACAGCUGGGGCGACCGAAUGGAGAUGGCGCGGCUGCAGGCGUAUGACGUCACCAAGGGCGCGGCGUUUCUGGGUGACUCGUGGCUGUCCGACUCCAUCUUCAAGAUCAACACCACCAACAGUGAGAACGGCUGGAGCCAGUGGCCGUGGACCGAUUACACCAAGUAUUGGGAGGCGCCCCCCAUCAAGGGCUUUGAAUGGUGA